AUGUUUGCUGGCACAUUCAAGAAACAGGCAUGUGCCAUAACGAGAACGUUCUCGACUAGUUCAAUGAAAUUGACGGGGAAAAAUAAUGAAUAUUCGCUUUCGUCGACCUUUAUGAACUUGAAGAAACAGGGUGAGGCGUUGGACUCGGAAAGACAAAAGCAAAGAGAAUCGGCGGUGAUGCAAAUGUUUGUCAACGAUUUUUCAAAGCAAUCAACGUACGAUCCAUUUGAUUUCUCGAUAGCUAAUACUAGAUACCACAGAAAAUUACAGAAGAUCAGAAAAGAGGAAGAGAUGAAACAAUCGUCAUUUAACUCCGAAGAAGUGAAUCCAGAAAUCUUCUACUGUAUGCCACAGCUUCUUUCCAAGUACUUGAACAAUUCUGGACAAAUUCAACAUCAUACAGUUACAGGUUUAAAGACAAGAAAGCAGAAGGCAAUGGCCAAGGCUGUGCGAAGAGCAAGAGCAUUUGGCUUACUUUCACCAGUUGCAAGGGACGUUUCCAUGUUCCCAAGGAGAGGGUCUUCACUAUGA